AUGAUAAGAGUGUGUAAUACAACAAUCAAUAAUAAUGAUUCUAAUACUAGUAUUACAAAAAUGCCAAUUCAUAAACCAUAUGCAAGUUAUAUACGUUCAUGGAAGGCAAAAUCACCAAUUAUUCAAUUACACUUGGUUUUACUAGAAAUUGAUUCAUUUCAAGAAACCAACAAACUAGAUCAUGUAAAGAAACCUUAUAAUAAUAAUAAAUCUGUUGGAUUACCAAAAUUUCGAUAUAAAUAUUUAGAACAUAAAUUGACUUUGUACUUGGUGCAUAAUGGGCAAAUUUUUAUCCCUAUUGAAGCUUUAGAAGGAAUUGAAAAAAUUAGUGAUAGAAUUAAUUAUAAUUGGAAUUCAGAGUACACAGCCGGAAAGAAAAAAGUAAUUACUGAAAAUAUGAAAAGUGCAAAAUCAAUUACUUUAUAUAUGCAUAAAGAUGUAUCAGAACAAGAAAUUGAUAUAGCAGGAUUGCACAUAAAUUAUAUGAUAAAAGCUAGAAAAAAUAAAUCUUACUCAAUUAUGCUAGGCGAUGCAAAGGUUACUGAUGCUAGCAUGACAUUAUUUUUCACGUCAGAUAAUUAUUUGGAGGCUUGGCUUAAGUGCAAACCAUAUAAAUUAAAUGAUGAUUUUGUAUCAUUAUUUUACUGUAUGAUUGAUGUUUUACCACCUCAUUGA